AGAGGGAGGAGGAGUUAAAGAGUGACUCAUGUUCUGGCUAAAAGUAUUAUAGUCCCCUAGGGUUUGUAUGUGGACAGAAUUCUGGAAGGGAAGGGUGUGUGAGUAUAAAUAGGAAUAAUAGAGGAAAGGAAGGAGGGAAACAGAGAAACUAAAAGCAAACAAGACUUCAAGCACAUGCUGCAAAGCUGCAGUGAAAUUUUGGAUUUAUUCAGUAUCUAGAAGCUCCUGAACUGCAAGCAUGUCUCAGGAGGAGGAAGAGGAGGGGAAGGUGAAGAGGCCGGAAGUGAGAGAUGAAGACCUAAUCCAAGCGAGAGAAAAGCUGGCCUCUGGGACGGAGGUGAAGAGUAAGACCUUUCAGGUGAUGGAGGAGUGCGAGCGUGUUGGAAAAGUCGCUCCAUCUGUAUUCAGCAAUGUUCGUUCAGGUGGAGAGACCGUCUUCAACAAACCCAGCAGGAAAAAGUAGAACUCGCAGAGAAGAAUUCAAGUUUCAGUACUACAGAUUUACAAAAUUUGUCUCAUGUGCUGAGUUAAGAAAAGUGUUCAAUAAAAACUUUGAAAGUCUUGCAUGA